AUGGGAAGUGUCCUGGAUAAAAACUCUUCUCAAGUGAGAAAGCGCAUCGAGGCGCAUACAUUUGAAAAUGAAGGUGGAGAUGAAUACGAGGGCAGUGAGUUUGGUGGUUUCAACGAGUAUUUCAGGCGCAAGAGAAUCAAACUCCAAAAUCUGGAUGCUGAGACGCGCGCAAAGUCAGACAGGCCGCAAAUAUUCAAGGGUAUCGUCGCGCAUGUGACAGGGUAUACUCAACCGUCAUUGCAUGUUCUGCAUCGUGAGAUAGUGCAGCAUGGUGGUGGUUUUCUACAAUACUUGGACUCCAAAACAAUGGCUACACAUAUCAUUGCUUCGACCCUGCCUCCCAAAAAGUCUGUCGACUUCAACCGGUACCGGAUCGUCAAACCUGCAUGGAUCAUGGAUUCUAUCCAAGCAGGACAGCUUCUUCCAUGGUCAAACUAUCGCGUCUUGGACGAGGGUCCGAGACAGAAAGUGCUUACGUUUGACGGGAGUAGUGGUUUGGCACCAUCAACUCCUCGUGUCAAGGAAGGAUAUCGUGAACAGAGCGAUAACAGUUUCUAUACUGGCCAAUUCAAGGCACCAGCUCUACCUAGCCAAUCUUUAAGUCAGGUCAUUGAGAAGGACCACACACCAAUUCGCGGUAUAGGUCGAACACCAGGCACAACACUGACGGAAAGCGACAUCGCCUCUUUCAAGAAGCCAGAGGCACGUCCUAGAUCUCCUAUCGCGCAUCAACCAAUCGCGACUCCGUGUCAAUCACAAACGAAUAGAGUCGAUAAUGGUAAUACCGAAUCUCAAGCAGAAGCAGUAUCUGCACCCACAGUCCAUACCAAGGCACAGGAGCCUUCCAAACCGAUGACAUCCGAAGAGCACAAUGCACAACUGUUAUCCGAUCCACGAAUCAGAAAAUCCUCGACUGCCAACCCUGACUUUCUAAAGCAGUUCUAUUCUGAGAGUCGACUGCACCACCUCUCUACGUGGAAAGCCGAGUUGAAAUCAAGAAUGCAACGAUUAGCUAUAGAGAAGGGACAAUCGACUCUUAACGCCAAGAAGCAUCCAAACCCGCGACGAUAUGUUAUACAUGUCGAUUUUGACAGCUUCUUUUGUGCAGUGUCAUUAAAGAAGAAACCCGAGUUCAUUACCAAGCCGGCAGUUGUUGCGCACAGCACAGGGUCUGGAUCAGAAAUUGCAAGCUGCAACUAUCCUGCUCGAGAGUUUGGAGUAAAAAACGGCAUGUGGAUGAAAUCAGCCCUCGAGUUGUGCCCAGAUUUAAAGGUGCUUCCUUACGACUUUCCUGCAUAUGAAGAAGCCAGUCGCCUGUUCUAUGAGUCAAUCCUAGACGUUGGUGGAGUGGUUCAAAGCGUCAGCAUCGACGAGGCUCUCAUUGACAUAACAUCAGUUGUUAUGAAAUCCACUGGGUCUCAAGACAUGAGGCCUGACCCAGUGACCGUUGCUCAGGAGAGGGACAUGGCAAAUAAUAUUGCAAAAGACCUUCGUGAGAAAAUCAAAUCCCUCACAGACUGUCAUGUUUCUGUUGGAAUUGGUGCAAACAUUUUACAAGCCAAAGUCGCGCUACGGAAAGCCAAGCCUGCAGGCCAAUACCAAUUGGAACCAAGCGAUGUGAUGGGUAUGAUCGGCGAGCUCAAAGUUGAUCAGCUUCCUGGUGUUGCCAGGAGUAUUGGCGGAAAGCUCGAGGACAUCGGUGUCGUGUUAGUCAAAGACUUGCGAGAAGUGUCAAAAGAGCGCCUUGUUUCAAUCCUAGGGCCGAAAACCGGCGAGAGGCUCCGAGAAUAUGCUCUUGGUAUCGACCGUACAGAAGUUGGGGAGCAGCCGCCACGCAAGUCUGUAUCUGCAGAAGUGAACUGGGGUAUCCGGUUCAUCAAUCAACCAGAAGCAGAGGAAUUUGUCUACAACCUCUGCAAGGAACUGGAAAAACGACUCCUGAACGAGAACGUCAGGGGGAAACAGUUCACUAUGAAGAUUAUGAGAAGAUCGAUAGACGCACCCCUGGAUCCAGCGAAAUCACUGGGUCAUGGUAAAUGCGACACAUUUAAUAAGAGCACCACUUUCGGGGUGGCAACUAAUGACCAACAAGUCAUUGGCAAAGAAGCCGUCAACAUUUUACGGUCCUUUAAGUUUAGUCCAGGUGAUCUACGCGGGCUCGGAGUACAAAUGACAAAGCUUGAACCCAUCAAGACCAACUUGGCAGCUCCUGAUGGUAGUCAGAAGAAAUUGACAUUCAGCGUCUUUACAAAACCGUCACCAGCCAGGAAAAGUUCCACCGCAGAGCAGAUCUAUGAGAUCGAGAGUCCCGAGAAACAGAAAGCAACAACAGGCCGUGGAGUUGCCGAGGAUCCAAUCGCCGAUGAUCCCUUGACACCACGAAGGCAAAAGAUACACCCUGCCAUGGCAUUGACAAAGGCUAGCGAAGAUGAUGCGAAGGCGAAGACACCUCUUAACAUAUCCGGGACCCAAUUCAUUAUUCCUAAAGACGUAGAUCCCACCAUCCUAGCAGAAUUACCCAGCAGCAUUCGCAGCAAGCUAAUGGCUCAGAAAUCCCGGAUGCCACAGGAGGCUGAAUCUCCAGUACCCAAAUCCAGAUGCGAGAGUCCCAUACCAUUUGAUGUAUGCCCGACUCAGGUAGAUCCCGAGGUAUUCAAUGCAUUGCCUGACGAGAUGAAGGCUGAGAUUAUGGCUACGUAUGGGCGGAGACCCAAACAACCUACACCACACCAAUCUCCGCGCAAGGAUCGCACGAUACAACCCAGAAAGCCCACCACACCUUCAAAGCGAGGCAGGCCGCGAGGCUUGUUUGGCAAAGCCCAGAGGCAGAGAGAUGCCCAGGCUGGUCUAUUGCAGACCAACUUUCGAUCUUUGAAUCAGGUUGGCGACGCCUUUCAGGAAGAGGACGUCGUUGAAGAACUCGACUCGGAGUUUCUUGCAGAGCUUCCCGAAGAUGUGCGAAAGGAAGUUGUUGAAGACCACAAUAGGCGGAAAAAGGCCCAGCAGAUGAGGCUGGAAGCCCCUUUGCGCAAGCACAACUCCACUGAUACAGACGCGGCAUUGCCAGGGGGGCAGCUUAGGAUUCAGUUCGCGCCAGUGCCACGCAAGAUAUCGUUUUCAAGUUCAGGGGUGACCUCGACACAGGAAAUCAAAGACAUGCUGGAUGCUUGGCAUACAGAGACAAGGAAAAACGGCCCUCACCGUGGGGACAUAGAAGUAUUGGAAAAGUUUCUCGAUCAGGUGGUUCAGGAAGAGCGUGAUUUGGAAAAGGCGACCAAACUGGUCAAGUGGUUAGAUGUGUUGGUCGAACAAGAUGGUAGAGAGGGGCGAGGGCAGGAGAAUUGGAGACGAUCGGUUGAGGGCAUCAAGGUGAUUGUGCAACAGGCUGUGAAGCAGCGAGGCAUGGCUCCUUUGAAGUUCUGA